UCUAGACUUUCUAGUGAGAUGAAGGCAAGUUACAUCAGCACAAGUUCGUUGGUUUCUGUUGUUGUUUUCGUACAUACGCUUCUCUUGUGCGAUCCAAUUCACCAUUUCUCUUCAUUUCAGCUUUAAUUUGUCCACGAGACCAAAAUCCAUCAUUUUUUAGUUUUUAUUACAAAUCAAUAAAAUCGCGACCACCGGAGUGGAAAUGACGGAGCCGAAGAGGAUGGCUGGAGGAGUUGCGUUGAAUUUUCCAGCUAAUGAGGAGGAAACAACGUCGUCUUCUCUUUCACCUCAGCUGAAGGCGCCUCCUCGAAGGUUGAGACGACGUCUGCUUGCGGAGCCUAAAACCCCUCUCUCUGCUGAAGACAUCGAAGCUAAGCUCAGAGAGGCUAAUAUACGUCGACAGCAAUUCUACGAGUUCCUGUCAAGUAAAGCAAAGCCCAAGUCGAGAAGCUCUCCACAGACUUCCUGCCUAGGGGAAGAUCUUGCUCAACGGCUUGAAGCAAGUCUCAAUGCUGCUGAGCAGAAACGGGAAAGCAUUCUUACUAGUGCUCAGAUACACCUGGUAAGGCUGGAUGAGAUGUGGCAAGCAGCUAAAAGUGGAAUAGAAAAACAUUUUGAGAAGGAACCUGAUGAGCUUGGCAUUAAAGUUCAAUCACAGGUUGAACAAGCAGAGGCAAAGCAUAUACUUCUCCUGCAAGUCCAUAAACAAAGGGAAGCUGCAAAGAGAGAGCAAGCAGCUCUGUCAUUGAAGCAAAAAAUGUCUAAGCAGAACAAGUACAAACAGUGUGUCUGUGCUGCUAUUUAUAAAAAAACGUGUUCCUGCUGAAAGAAAACGGUUGGGUUUGUUGGAAGGAGGUUGGAAGGAGAAAGAAUGAGGGCCUGUGCAAGAGUACUGAAGGUAAGGCGGAUAGCUCAGUCCGUCUAUGGUCAACAAGAGACCGAGAGGAAAGAAAAAAAGGACCAAUUGGAAGAUCGCCUCAAAAGGGUAUGUUAGUGGUUGAAGUUGCAUCUUCCAUGAAGAAAUUGUUUAUCAUGUGUUGUUUUAAAUUAAUAUCUCUUUCUAUGGGAUUUUAAUUUGAUAAUGACUUGGCUAAGAGACAAAGGUCAGAAUAUUUGAGGCAGAGAAGAAACUUGAGCAGUCAUCUGCAUGCCAACUCAAAAAUGAGCCAUGAGCAGGAGUACCUUUCAAGAAAGUUAGCAAGGUACUGGAGGCGCUUUGUAAAAUUGAGGAAAACUACUCUCUCUCUGGCAAAAACUUAUGUAUCCUUGGGGAUCAAUGAAGAAUCUGUUAAAGCAAUGCCAUUUGAGCAGCUUGCUCUUCAUAUCAAGUCAACAACAACCAUUAAU